AUGUUUCACAGGCAUCCGUGGCAUGACGUUUAUUCUAUCAAAAAAUACGGGAAAUUCUUCCUUGCUAGACUGGUGUCGGGUUCAUCUCCCACUGUUUACUCCGCGCACCACCUACUUCAAGUUAUGAGCACUCUUCCAAAGAUGCUUCGAAGCAACGAACGUGAAUUGCCUUUAAAGGUUGUACAACCACAGCCACAGAAAAUGCACCCGAAUAGUCAGAAAUCAAAGUGCCUCAAAAUCAGCAUGGGGUCGGGUGCUUCCGAAAAGGGCGCUAAUCUGGGCGUGCUGAUGUUAAAAGACUGGGUUUUUUAUGGCAUUUCGCUAUCAAUUCUUGUUCGGGUUCGGAACAAGGUUUCGAGCAUGCUGUCCCUGACCAACAACGAGAAUAGCGCGUACCACACCCAGCUCACGCGUUCCAGUAAAGUUGGUGCCUCGAACAAAAAGAAAGGUCUCAAUGUUGUUGAUAUAAAUGCAAUCAUGCCGGAAGUGUAUACAGGAGAACCCAAAGAAAACGGCAUUGAUUACUCUCCCCACGAUUGUGAGAUGGAAACGUAUCUGCCUCCUUCAGAGGACGAUUAUUCGGAUGCACUUAUUACGGAUGGUUAUGUGGAGGAUUUAUUUGAAGAUGUCAGUGCGCUCUCACAGGUGUGGCGUCCUAGAGGAGCAUCAGUUUCUCAUAAUGAUGGUGUCCACUCUUGUGAAGGUCUAUUACUCGAUGAACUUCCACCAAUGCUAUUGCGAAUCAUAUAA